AUGGGGCAUCCCCCGCUGGAGUUCAGCGACUGCUACCUGGACAGCCCCGAUUUCCGCGAGAGGCUCAAGUGUUACGAGCAGGAGCUGGAGAGAACCAAUAAAUUCAUAAAGGACGUGAUCAAAGAUGGCAACGCGCUUAUCAGCGCAAUGAGAAAUUAUUCUUCAGCUGUUCAGAAGUUUUCUCAGACACUUCAGUCCUUUCAGUUUGAUUUUAUUGGAGACACUCUGACUGAUGAUGAGAUUAACAUUGCUGAAUCCUUCAAGGAAUUUGCUGAAUUGCUCAAUGAAGUAGAAAAUGAGAGGAUGAUGAUGGUACACAAUGCUAGUGAUUUGCUGAUUAAACCCCUGGAAAAUUUUCGGAAGGAGCAAAUAGGCUUUACCAAGGAGCGGAAAAAAAAAUUUGAAAAGGAUGGUGAGAGGUUUUAUUCCUUGCUGGAUCGGCACUUACAUCUAUCUUCCAAAAAGAAAGAAUCUCAGUUACAGGAGGCAGACCUCCAGGUGGACAAGGAGAGGCACAAUUUCUUUGAGUCCUCCCUUGAUUAUGUUUAUCAAAUCCAGGAAGUUCAGGAGUCCAAGAAGUUCAACAUUGUGGAGCCAGUGUUGGCCUUUCUUCAUAGUCUCUUCAUUUCCAACAGCUUGACUGUGGAGCUCACACAGGAUUUUCUCCCAUACAAACAGCAGCUCCAGCUCAGUUUGCAGAAUACAAGAAAUCAUUUCUCCAGUACCCGGGAAGAGAUGGAAGAACUUAAGAAAAGGAUGAAAGAAGCUCCCCAGACAUGCAAACUUCCAGGACAGCCUACCAUCGAAGGCUAUCUCUAUACACAAGAGAAAUGGGCUUUGGGAAUAUCCUGGGUGAAAUAUUACUGCCAGUAUGAGAAGGAGACCAAAACGCUCACCAUGACACCUAUGGAGCAAAAGCCAGGUGCUAAACAGGGGCCUUUGGACUUAACCCUGAAGUACUGCGUGAGGAGGAAGACAGAGUCUAUCGACAAAAGGUUCUGUUUUGAUAUAGAAACUAAUGAAAGGCCAGGAACCAUCACUUUGCAGGCCCUCUCAGAAGCUAACAGAAGGCUAUGGAUGGAGGCCAUGGAUGGAAAAGAACCUAUCUACCACAGCCCCAUAACAAAACAGGAAGAAAUGGAGCUGAAUGAAGUGGGGUUCAAGUUUGUUAGGAAGUGCAUCAAUGUCAUUGAGACCAAAGGGAUCAAGACAGAGGGAUUAUACCGUACUGUGGGCAGCAACAUUCAGGUUCAGAAGCUGCUGAAUGCCUUUUUUGAUCCUAAAUGCCCAGGAGAUGUUGAUUUUCAUAAUAGUGACUGGGACAUUAAGACAAUCACCAGCUCCUUGAAAUUCUACCUCAGGAAUCUUUCUGAACCUGUCAUGACCUAUAGACUUCACAAAGAGCUGGUCUCGGCUGCCAAGUCUGACAACCUGGAUUACCGGCUGGGAGCUAUUCACUCCCUGGUAUAUAAGCUACCCGAAAAGAACCGAGAGAUGCUGGAACUUCUUAUAAGACACUUGGUCAAUGUAUGUGAGCACAGCAAAGAGAAUCUUAUGACCCCUUCCAACAUGGGCGUGAUCUUUGGGCCCACUCUGAUGAGAGCUCAGGAGGACACUGUCGCUGCCAUGAUGAACAUCAAAUUCCAGAACAUUGUGGUGGAAAUCCUAAUUGAGCACUUCGUCAAGAUCUAUUCAGGUCCACCUGAGGAAAGUGCCACACCCCCAGUGCCUCCACCUCGAGUGACAGCAAGAAGGCACAAACCAAUCACAAUUUCAAAACGCUUGCUGCGGGAAAGAACAGUUUUUUAUACUUCUUCCUUGGAUGAAAGUGAAGAUGAAAUCCAACAUCAAACACCCAAUGGUAUUAUCGCCAGCAGUAUGGAACCCCCCAAGCUACCACAAUACCCCAAACUGCCUAUUCAGAGGAGUGGAGAAGCUGACACUGGGAGGAAGUCUCCAAGUAGCAGGCCUGUUUCAGAUGGCAAGUUGGAGUCCUGUCCUGAAGUGGAUGUGGGGAAGUUGGUGUCUAGGCUGCAGGAUGGAGGGACCAAGGCCAUACCAAAGGCCACCAAUGGACCUGUGCCAGGCUCUGGGCCCACCAAAGCCCCCUCUUUCCACAUAAAGAGACCAGCUCCUCGACCCCUGGCUCACCACAAGGAAGGAGAUUCUGACAGUUUCAGCAAAGUGCGGCCUCCAGGAGAAAAGCCUACCAUCGUCCGUCCCCCAGUGAGGCCUCCAGACCCUCCGUGCCGGGCAGCUACUCCCCAAAAGCCAGAACCAAAGCCAGAUAUUGUGGUUAGCAAUGCAGGGGAAAUCCCAUCAUCUGUGGUGGCUUCCAGGACCAGGUUCUUUGAAACAGCUUCCCGAAAAACAGGAAGUUCUCAAGGCAGAGUUCCUGGAGAUGAGAGUUGA